CAGAUAUAGACGCACCAAACUCGGAGAACUGAAUAAACAGUUGCUUGCACGAUCUCACAAGCAAAAAGCCCACACAAAAAACAUGAAUAAGUGAAAGCAUAACUGAUUGAAUUCAUACAUUUAUCUUGCCUUUUUUCCUUGGUAAAGAACAAAGGUAAGCUAUACCUUUCCUUUACUUCUCUCUAUUAAAACCUUCUUUUUUGACAUGAAUUUAAGGUGGGUUCUUGUUUUCCACUAAUGGAUUCGCUCAAAAAUGGGAUUUUUUUGAUGGGUUCUACAUAACUGCCUGUUUUUGGUUUGUGUAUUCCAUUUUUUGAGUCUGUGCAUCUUGCACUUGAUUAAUGGCUGAGCAAAGCAUCAGUCUACCAGUGACCCCCAGAUCAAUUGAGUCAGAUGCAGUUUAUGCUAGAAGACACUCUAUGGGGAAGCCUAGUUCUUCGGCGAGUGGAGAAAAGGUUCUUCCCAACUAUCUCCGAACUUCUACUGGUUCCUGUCACGAUUUCUGUAAAUAUGGGAGGAAACAUGCAUUUGAAGAGAAGGGAAGGCGUCCAUUUAUAAAAAGGAAUGCAAAGAAGCCACCAGAUGAACAAAAUCUUAUAGAGCUUCACCCAGAGAGAAAUAAGGCAUCAAAGGUUAAUUACAAACCCAGUCCGAAUAUCCCACCAAAGACUCCUGAGAUCAUAAAACGGGAAGUAUCUAGAAAAUCCCUAAACAGACAAACUCCUGUAAUAAGUAAAGUUAUCUCUGAGGCAAAAACAUCAUCAGGGGUAUUGUUGACAAAAUCAGCUGACAGGCAAAGUCCAGUGUUGAAGGAAGGUCCGACCAAGAAGAAGAUAACAUCAAAGGAAGUGUUUACAAAAUCAUUUGAUAGCCAAAGUUCAGUAUCAAGUGAAAUUUGGGGUCAGAAGGGGAAGAAAUCAACCCAGGAGAGGAAGCAGAAAUCGACAGUCGAGCUCAGAAAUUCACCUGAUUUGAAAACCCAUUUAUCUCCAAAAGUUGUUAAGCCAGAUGUGUCAUCUUCUUCUGGAAAAUUAGAGGUAUCUACGAAGCAAGUACUGUCAAAAGUUAAAAGAGAUAACUUGUCUGCAAAAGGUGCCAGUUCUUUGAAACUGAAAUUGUCCGCUCCAGAUUCAAGGGUUUCAAGUGUUUCAACUAUUAGAGGAAAUGCCAACAAUAAGACAGGACAGAGGAAAUUGACCUCCAUAAUUGCUGCAAAGAGAGUACAGAUGAUGCCCGGAGCAUUGCAAUCUCCUAAAUCUUCCAGUAGUGGAAUUGCAAGAGGAUUGGCAUCCCCAAGAAUUUCCUUGACUCGUAGGCCUUCUCUCAGUAGAGUUGCCAGCCUAAAUGCACGGAAGAAAAAGGGCUUAGAACUAGCAUCUGCUCUGAAGAAUCAGAAAAAGAUUGUAAAGACCGAGAAUGAGCAUCCCAAGAUUAAGCAUGAUGAUCUUGACCAAUCCAUCAAAGUAACCAACAGUGAUUUGGUGCAGGAAAAAACACUAUAUGUUGUCAAGAUGGAAGCUGAGAAGAAGCAUUUGGAUCCUGUUGAUAAGGUUAAUAAUUUUGCUGAAUCAUCACCACCUCCAGUUUUAUCAGCUAAGUCUCCAACCCUCCCAGAAUCUCCAUUAUUGUUAUCUCAUAAUGAAGAAGAUGAAGAGGAAUCUGAGUAUACUGUAACUGAAUCAGAAGAUGACCUCCUCUCUGAAUAUGAUGAAACUGAAUACAUGGAAGAGGCAGAAAUCCGGGAAGGGGAGCAGAAUUGGAGGCAUAGCAAGGUUGGGAUGGUUUCUUCUUUGGAUAAAAAUGACCAAGCUGUGAAAUUAAAAUUCAGAAGGGGAAGGGUGAUUGACAUUGAUACUCGUGAUAAUUGCCCAAGGAAGCUCAAAUUCAGGCGAGGAAGAGUGUUGGAGGAUAACCAAAAUUUCAAAGCUGGUGCCCGAAGAAGCUUCAAGAGAAGGGGAGCUGAAGGCCACGCAAAUGAUGGCAAGCCUCGUUCAGAAAAGGUUGUUUUGAGACAUCAAGAUGUGCAUGGAAAGAAAGAUGGCCUGGUACUGUUUAAUAAUGUCAUUGAAGAAACAGCAAGUAAACUUGCUGAGACCAGGAAAAGUAAGGUUAAGGCCUUGGUUGGUGCUUUUGAAACAGUGAUCUCCCUCCAAGAUAAGAAACCAACUACAAAUACAUUCUCUUGAUUUGAAAUAGAGCCAAAAAAGAAAAACUAUAAUAGAGUAAAUAAAAUUUUCUGAAGUCAAAAGAAAGGACAAGACAGGAUAAAAAGUUAUGAAGUGAUUUUUUUUUUUUUUUUCAGAUUAACAGUCUAAUGGUUUUUUACAAAGGAAUGGUAGGAAAAUAAAGUACAAAAAUACAAGCUGAUAAAGUUGCAAAAGGAUCAGUUGACAUUAGAUAUCCUGGUUGCAGAGUUUGGCAAAGUCCUGGUAUUGAUUUUGACAUGCUUCACAUGUGUUUUUCACUUUGAUGGUAUGCAUGUUCUUGUACACCUAAUAUGAUUGGUUUUUUAUUUUGUUCUUGUGAAUCAAAUAUAUGUAAUUUCAAGGGAAAAAAAAAAAAGAAAGAAUAAGUUCAGAGUCAGUUUUAUCCUCUGAAGUUUGUUGGAUAUUGCUUUUUCAGUUUUUUCUGAUACAAUGUGAAUGGGAUAACUAAUUUGUUUUCA